GGGCGAGCGGGCGGCAGUAGCCGGCGCGCCCCCGCUCGUGACAGACGCCAGUGUCCCGGGCGAUGUCCGCCGCGUGACGCGUGUACGUGUAGGAGGCGCGGGACAGUCGCGCACUGCAGGCAGCGUCCGCAACACUCGGCGUCGCUCGCCUGCCGCCCGCUCGUUACAUGAUCACAGUGUGAGUGCGAACCGUUACGAAUAUCAGCCCCGUUACCUGAUCUAUGUGCGAGAUUUCGUGAUACCGACUGUGGAAACAUGAAUUGAAUAUUUUGGAUUUGCAGGUGGCAGGCGCCCGGCGGCGGGUCGGGGCAGGGGGGGGCGCGCGGUCGCGGCGCGAUGCGCUGACGCCAUGCGCCGCCCGACAUGCCGCGCCGCGCCCAGCCACCCGCACUCGCGCUGCUGCUCGCCCUGCUGCUCGCCGGGUGCGGCGGCAACCCGGACGCCAAGCGGCUGUACGACGAUCUCCUCAGCAACUACAACAAGCUGGUGCGGCCUGUGCUCAACGUCAGCGACGCGCUCACCGUGCGUAUCAAGCUCAAGCUGAGCCAGCUCAUCGACGUGAAUUUGAAAAAUCAAAUAAUGACGACCAAUUUAUGGGUAGAACAGAGUUGGUACGACUACAAACUGUCGUGGGAGCCGCGCGAGUACGGCGGUGUAGAGAUGUUACACGUGCCCUCCGACCACAUCUGGCGCCCUGACAUCGUGCUCUAUAACAAUGCGGAUGGCAACUUCGAAGUAACAUUGGCGACAAAAGCGACACUAAACUACACGGGGCGAGUAGAGUGGCGUCCGCCGGCUAUCUACAAGUCCUCCUGCGAGAUAGAUGUCGAAUACUUCCCUUUCGAUCAACAAACUUGCGUCAUGAAGUUUGGCUCCUGGACUUAUGAUGGAUUUCAGGUGGAUUUACGGCACAUUGAUGAAACUCGGGGCACUAAUAUAGUGGAGCUCGGCGUGGACCUUUCUGAAUUCUACACUUCCGUUGAAUGGGAUAUACUUGAGGUGCCUGCUGUAAGAAAUGAAAAGUUUUACACAUGUUGCGACGAGCCAUACCUCGACAUCACAUUUAAUAUCACAAUGCGCCGCAAAACGUUGUUCUACACUGUGAAUUUGAUCAUACCGUGUAUGGGCAUCUCGUUCCUCACCGUGCUCGUGUUCUACUUGCCAUCGGACAGCGGCGAGAAAGUGUCACUGUCUAUCUCCAUCCUGCUCUCGCUCACCGUGUUCUUCUUAUUGUUAGCUGAGAUCAUCCCACCUACGUCGCUCGUGGUGCCUCUCUUGGGCAAGUUUGUACUGUUCACCAUGAUUCUCGAUACUUUUAGCAUAUGCGUGACGGUGGUGGUGCUGAACGUGCACUUCAGGUCGCCGCAGACGCACACGAUGGCGCCGUGGGUGCGCCGCGUGUUCAUACACGUGCUGCCGCGGCUGCUCGUCAUGCGCCGCCCUCACUUCCGCGUCGAUCCUCACCGGAGUAGAUUGUGAGCGAAGCUUUAAAACUCAUUGCAUAAUAUACAUAUUAAUACACCAAAAUAUUUCAUCUGU